AUGCGAUCUUUACUGAUACUGUUUUCAAUAGUUGUCCUUCUUACUCUUCGCGUUAGCUCUUACUUUGCUUCGCGCGAAUGGCAUGUAGAUGAGGCCACUCCAACUCACGAGGGAAAAUAUGGAUCUGAAGAGACUUCAAUCGAUGUCGAUCCAGUAUCUCAUGGGUUGGAUAUCGCAAAGGAUGCAAAACUUGCAAAGGAAUAUGCUUCUGUUAGAAAGAGUUGUGCUUUAGGGAACGAGGGAGUUACGGAUCCAAUUACUCACAAGAUCAAGCGUACUCCUGAGCAAGAGUGGGUUUUCAACGAAUGUGUUGCCUUGUUGUUUUGGAUGGAGCAAAGUGCACAAAGGCAUGAGGCCGAGGAAAGAGCUUGGGAUGAAUGGAUGCUUCGCCUUAGUGAGGAUAAUUCAAACGAGAGAGUGAAACAUCGCACAGAGUCUAGCAUGAGUCCAACAGAAAAUCAAUCAUCAAACACCGCGCUUCGAGGAAGUGACGAUACAACUAGCGGUUGCAAAUGUCAGAACGGGCGGAAUAUUUCCCGGUCGCAAGCAUGUUUCAAAAGUAUCAGAUUGCUCUUGGCACCCUUUUCAUUACUUUACCUGUUGCUUUUGGCUCUUAUAUAUCAAUUAUAA